UUCUCGUUGUUGCUCGCGAACUCGCUAGCUUUACGGGCAGUUUUCCUACCACCUCCAUUACGAGCGAAACCAAACCAAUCCUCGUUCGCCGGUUUCCUCGUUUUCUUGGACAUUCCACGCACGCCGUUAAGAAUCGUAAGUGUCGUAAUUUGUCUGUUAUUGGUCCACAACAGUUGACUACAGUUUCCGAAAAGGGUCACGAAGGCACACGGUGCAGGUGUUCGUCCAUAUGGCCGGUCCUUAUCUUUCACCCUUAGGGCCUCAGGCUGAUCUACUUACCGAGUAUAUGUUCGGUCGUCGUCGUCAGGUCAGUAGGCGUAAUCGGACAACAUUUACGCCGCAGCAAUUGCAAGAAUUGGAAUCCCUAUUCCAGAAGACUCAUUAUCCAGACGUAUUCCUGAGGGAAGAAGUAGCUCUUCGAAUUUCACUCUCGGAAGCACGCGUUCAGGUGUGGUUUCAAAAUAGACGAGCAAAAUGGCGAAAGCAGGCUCGUCUCCAAUUACUACAAGACGCAUGGAGGAUGCGUUGCUUAGGAUUAGGCAGUGCUACGCCUCUUCUUUUGAGACCACCACCGACAGCAGGAAUAGAAAGAUCGGAUGCUUCUUCACCACCACCGCCAUCGGCCUUAUCCGAACCUUCUCUUUCUUCUUCUUCUUCUUCUUCUUCAGCUGAGAAAUUGGUCGAAACUGGUGCGGCCGCUGCCGCGGCUGCAGCCGCAGCCGCAGCCGCCGCUACCGUACCAAUUUGCAGAGACUACCGUUUACUUUCUGCUGCUCAUAGUUAUUCCAUGCAUUGCGACAAGUCAAGUGACAAAGUCAAGUGCGGAUGUGGAUCUCCACCACGAAUUUGCAGUAGUUCCCCGGAAAAGGAUAUAGAGCAGAGUAUCAGGGAGAGACCUCAAGAGGCUGAAAUCGAUCUAACGAUGAAAGGCCCUCAUACCUCGAGACAUGCUCAAAUAACAACGACACCGUUUAACUUGAUAAGCACAUCACAGCAAACUUUGAGACAUACCGAACAUGUAGAUGAGCCGUUGGACGCGAGACUUAGCAGUAAUAGAAAUAAUUGAAAAAAUUUUACUUAAUGAUAUUCAUAUUUAUUUACGUGAGACAGAGAGACUUUUCCCCUGUAACAAAAAGAAACAUUUACAAUACCAUUAACGUAACAUUGAAGGUGUGGACAUUCUCGCAACAAAAUACUUCAAGUUAAUACGAUUGUUGUUGAUUGAAUUUUCAUAUACAAAUAAUUGAUUAUGGAGCUACGUUCAUCUCUACGUGCAUCAUUAUUUCAUUGUUUAUAAACACACUUUUCAAAAUAAGUUUUCAUUAGAAACGAACAUACCCGAAUAUAUAAACAAAAAGUGAUAGCUCAUACCUCGAAAUAUCGGAAACUUUAGACCUGUUAUUUUUGCUCUUAAUCAUAAUACUAUAUGUAGUUGAAAAAAUUGUGACAUUAGAAUGACCACGUGAAAACUUCUGCAAUUUUAUAUUAUCACUCAAAUAUUAAAAAAGAGAUAAUACAUGUGUGUAUAUUUCUAUUCUAUCUAUUCAUGUUUACAAAUUUGGCGUAACUUUUUAAUAUCACUUUUAAACUUUCAUGAUAGUUUAUUGAAUGUGCUUCAAUAGAAAACACAAGAUCCUUGCAUUUAGAAUAAAGAAUAUUUUACAAAUUUUGACUUGAUCAAUGAUAGUGCAUUUACGCGAUUUAUACAAACGAAAUAAGAUUUUUAAAAUGCAUAAAAAUUGGUACGAGUACCUGAAUCGAAUAAUAUUCGUUGGAAGACCUCUUCUAUACUCUAAUAUCGACGCAUUUUAAUGACAUUUUCUGAAUACACUUUGACAUUUAUGAGAUUUACUUCGGUUUUUGUGAAUAUUAUAGAUAAAACAGAAUUUUUAACAAUAAAUACUAUAAU